GGGCGGGCGCCGCUGCCCGGGGUCGCUUCCCGGCUGCCCCAGAUUCUUCAGGGCGGACGAGUGGGAUCGGAGCCGAGACCCCACUGUUUCCUUCAGGAAUCCCGGGGCUCGACCCCGGCAUCGGGCCCCGUUGCCGUCCGGAGUCGCCGGGAGGCGGUGGAAACGGGCUUGCUGGGCGUCUUGGAGGUGCUAGAUUUGGAAUGGCCAAAUAUCAAGGCGAAGUUCAAAGUUUGAAAUUGGAUGAUGAUUCAGUGAUAGAAGGAGUAAGUGACCAAGUACUUGUGGCAGUUGUGGUCAGUUUCGCUUUGAUUGCUACCCUGGUAUAUGCACUUUUCAGAAAUGUACAUCAGAACAUUCACCCAGAAAACCAAGAGCUGGUAAGGGUACUUCGAGAACAACUUCAAACAGAACAGGAUGCCCCUGCUGCUGCCCGACAGCAAUUCUAUACUGACAUGUACUGUCCAAUCUGUUUACAUCAAGCCUCCUUCCCCUUUGAGACAAACUGUGGACACCUUUUCUGUGGUGCCUGCAUUAUUGCAUACUGGCGAUAUGGUUCAUGGCUGGGAGCAAUCAGUUGUCCAAUCUGUAGACAAACGGUGACUUUGCUUCUGACAGUCUUUGGAGAAGAGGAUCAGUCUCAGGAAGUUAUACAGUUGCGUCAAGACAUUAAUGAUUAUAACAGGAGAUUCUCAGGGCAGCCCAGAUCUAUUAUGGAGAGAAUCCUGGAUCUCCCCACUUUGCUGAGGCAUGCAUUCAGGGAAAUGUUUUCAGUCGGGGGCCUUUUCUGGAUGUUCCGCAUUAGGAUUAUACUUUGCUUAAUGGGAGCUUUUUUCUAUCUCAUCUCACCUCUGGAUUUUGUACCUGAAGCCUUGUUUGGAAUUCUAGGUUUUCUAGAUGAUUUCUUCGUCAUCUUUUUGUUGCUUAUAUACAUCUCCAUUAUGUAUCGAGAAGUGAUAACCCAAAGGUUAACCAGAUGAAAAAAGAUGAGUUUACUAGCACAUGUGAGCUAAUGCACAAAAUCAGA